AUGAUCCAGCGUCUGCCUUUUGCCUUCUUUGACUUUCUUCUCCUCUUCUAUCUUCUUCCAUCUUUCAUCAUCAACUUCUCUUCUUCUUUUUCUUUUCUUCUUCUUCUUCUUUUUAUGCCAUCAUCGACUUUUUUUUUGCUUAUAAAGAAAAAACCGCCCUUUUCCCUUUUCGGCCUCCACUUCUUCUUCUUCUUCUUCUUCUUCUUCUUCUUCGACUCCAACGAACAAACAACACUCGCAGCAACAACGACAACGACAACACUGACAGUAAAUAAUAACACCGGCAUCAAGCAGACGACAAAGCCGACAGCUCUUCUCUCUCCUCUGACCUCCCGCUUGUCGCUGGCUCUAUAA